AUGGUUAUUAGCCUAUGGGUUUCAAAAAUCCGGUGCAUUAUCCAUAGAUGCUCAAGGUAUUCAGUGGCAACUGCUGUUCAUCACUUAAUACGUAUUAUAACAACUGUCAGUACAAGUAGUGCUGCUUUAGCAUCCAAUUCUGGUAAUAAUGAGCCUAUAUCUAUUUUGGAUGCAUUUGAUAAUGCUACCACACGAACUGGAGAAUCUACACUUGCUGGUCGCAAUUCACUGGCGAAUGAAGAAAACUCAUACACAACUGGAGUAACCACUACCAAGAUUACAGAGAUUCAUGUACGUCUAAGUGCUGCAAAAUCUUUAGAUGCUUUUGUAACUGCAAUCCAUGGAUGCCAAUUGUAUGAUGUAUCUGUAAGUGGUUCACUGAAUGAGUCAAUAACAGCAUGUCUACAUUCUGUUACAACUGGUGAUUUAGUCAGUCGAUUAUGGUCACAUGGUAUUAUGGAUUCUAGUACAAAUCGGUCCGGUGUCAAUCCUAUUCAACAAGAACUUACAUUAUCCUGUGCAAAUGCUCUAGCAGGAAUUAUUCGUUUAAAUCCAAGCUUGUUUACGACAGGAUUGAUCGAUAGAGUUGGAUCAAUAGCAUUUAUCGGUUUAAUUGAACCGCCGCCAUCUGGAUUGGCAUGUCAACAAACAGAUCUAGUUGCCCGACUGCUAUCCACUGCUGCUUCUGGCUUAUUACCGCCGUUAACGAUCAAAUCCUCAAGUUCUGUACAACCUAAAGUUAAACGAGCACAUUCAGUGUCAACUAAAGUAUCACGUAAUUCUAUAACUGGCACCGGUGGUUCUGGAACACCGGCUGCAUGCAGACGGUUACUAUCUGAACAUAAGUUUAUCAAUGCUAUUUUUCGUCAUUUAGAAAGUCCACAUGCUAUGCUACGAGCUAAAGCUUUCUUACUUUGUUCUGCUAUCAUAGCUAAUUCACCACAAGAUAGUUUACCGAUAGCAUGUCAUCACCGUCUUCCAGCUUUACUGGAGCGUAAUUUAAAAGCCACUAGAACAUUAAAUCACAGAUAUAAUGAUGCAUUUGAUUAUAGUUUGACAAAGUCCUCAAAUAUCUCAUCAUCAUCUGGUCAAAAUGUAGAAUCAGCAAGUACAGUAUACUUAGCAGCAUGUAUAACUCAUAUGGCUGAUAUUUUAGUCUAUGAUAUCAUUCCAACUGUAUGUCAUCAAGUAUUGUCAGCUGUUGGUCUAAUUGGACCACGUAAAACUACUGGUUCCACAAAUCAUUUUACUAGACAAAUAUCUACUACAUCAUCAAAUAGGAAAAAUAGUCGCACAUCAUCUUCCCACACUCGUCAAUUGUCUGCUAAUAGUGGGAAUACAUCCACUGCGAAUGGCAAUACAUCGUCAAAUCAAGUUAAUCCACGCAUACUUUUGUCCGCUUUUAGUUGUCUUCCUUUGAUUUUAAGUGGAUGUGGUCCUAUACGCCUACGAUUAUUUCAACUGCAAGAUUUGAAAUCGUCACAUGAGGGAAAUAAUAAAAAUUGUAAUUAUGUAAAUAAUCCUGUCAAUUUGGCUGUUGUCACCUCUUCGUCGUCAUCAUCCUCUUCAGGGGUUGCUCGUAAUGGAUCACCUGAUUCAGUUUUUUGUUUAUUAUCAUUUAUUAGUCGUCUCUUAGAUCACUGGACAUCAGCAGAUCCCAUCACUGUAGCUGCUGGACUAUUUUCAGUUCAUCAUUCAGGGAGUUUUGAAGAAGAAAUAUUAAGUGUUGUCUUGACAGUUAUCGAAGAUAUUAGUCAACAGUCAAGUUUGGUUGAGAAGCGUAAACAAGAUCUUAUAUGCCUUAUUUUACCUGGAUUAGCCCGUCUGGCUGUUUGUUCAAAUACUAAACCUGAAGUACGAUCAAUAUGUGUAAAGAUUAUUACGAAUUUGGCAUCAGUUUUCCUUGGUGAAUCUGAUAUCGCUGCUUCAACAACAAGUUUAGUUGAACUCGAACGUGCCUAUUCAGUGACAUCUGUUGGACAAGAGGAUCGUAAUUCAUCAAGUCAUAUAAGAAAAUAUGAAAGAACAUCUUCAGGAGUUUGUGAAAGACCUUUGAGUGCAGAUGCUGAUGUUUUGUUAUGUGGAGUAUCCAAAAUGAAGAAAAGUGAGAAGACAAACAGCUUUUCAAAUCUACAUCAUGGUAUACCAAGUCGAAUGACUACUUCACACUAUACUCCUGGACGACCCUCCGGUGAUCAUGGAAGUAAACCACGUGGAUCUACAGGAAACGCAGGUGUUGGUGGUCUUUCUAACCAUAUAAGAGUUAAAAACAAUCGAAUUGAUCCUAACCAGAAUCCUGAUUGUAUUGGUAGCGCUAUUCAACCACCCUCUCCAGAUGUUCUCCUGGCUUUAUUUGAUUUAGUCAAUAAACUCUUAGUACCUUAUGGUAAUGCGAUCCUCACAUGUCCUGAGAUUACAGCUCCAACUGCAUUUCUACGCCUGUUUUGUUUAUUACUAAAAUGUGCUUCUCAAGAUUGUUAUUUUGUAAAGUGUUCAUCACCCAGCAACACUCUGACAACACCAACUUCGAAUUCUCUUAUCACUUCUUCAAAAAACAAAGAAAUAUAUGAUUCCACUAAAGAGUUUAUUCAACAGUUAAUUUCAGAUGAAAUACACUUGUUUAUUAAAAAUUUUUCUGUUUAUGGAUUGGAUAUCUCUCUGGUGCGUUUGUUAGCUUCACAACUAUUAUCAUCUUCACCAGCUUCAUUGAAUUCAUCAUUAUACACUGGGAAUGUAACACGUAUCGAUAACAAGUUACUACCGUGUUCAUCAUUGUCGUCAUCAUCAUUACAACCUCAAUCAACACUUUCAUCUCCAUCACCGCUAUCUGUGCAUGGCGGUUCUGUGACAUCUAAUUUAUGCCUUACUUUAUUUGAAUUGAUUCCCUUGCUAUUUCGUUGGUCCAGUUUAUGUAAACCAGAUUAUUUGAUUAUUAAGCUACGUCUUUUAGAGUUGGUUACAAUAGCAUGUUUAGAGAUAGGCCAAAUAUUACUGCCAGAGACAAGUUAUAAUGAUGAUGAAAAACAAUCAGAUGCUGUGAAUAAAAAACUAUACAAUCCUGGAAAACAGUCAACUACAAAUCAUCGUAUCCGUAAUCGUUAUAAAUCUUCUUGUGGUAGUCAUAUAAAAAACUCAGAUUCACAUCAUUAUUCAGUUCGUAUUUUACCUGCAGUAGGCAGUGUGUGUGCACCAAUGCUUGCUGUACUAGGUGCUAUGAAUGCACUUUUAGGUUAUGUUGCUGAUGUUGUCCGUCUAGCUUUAGCUGAACGAGCUGCAAAUGCUCCUGAUGCUAAGAGCACUGCUGCUGCUGCUGAAGAAAUUUUGAUUGCUGCCAGACCACAUCCAAAAUUGGCCGGUUUACUUGCUCGUCUUAUUGGCUUAUGGAGACCACAUCAAUUGCCUACAAUUCAACCAAAUGUUUGCGAAUCUGAUUUACGCGAUUGGGUACAAUUAAUAACAAUAUCUAUUCAACAUCAAAAUUGUGACGAUGAAGUGUGUUUCCAGUUAUCUGAAGCUUCAAUCACCGCUUUAACCAACUAUGCAUCUUUAUAUGGAGGUGAAUAUUCACGUAGUGCGCUGGUACCUUCGUCAACUAACUCAUUGUCAUUAGGUUUACUAAGAUUGGCAGAAGAAGAUCAGCUGCUUCAAAUGAAACAUUUAUCCAAAGAAACAUUGAGAAGUUCUUGUGAUUCAUUUAAUUCUAAGCGAAGUACUCAUUGUCGACGACGUAUGCGUCUUUUACUGCGAAUACUAAGACGUUUAGUAUUUUCAGAUCCUGUUUGUCGUGCCCGGUUGGGAUCCUCUACAAAUUCAGUAAAGUGUAGUACCAUUUUGUUCACUACGCUUAGGUAUCUUUUGAUCAUAACACAACGCUCAGCUGAUGCUUCGACAAGUAAACUUUUAAGAGAAAUUAUUGAUCUUUUGUCACCUACAAUACGUCCAAAUCAUGAGAGAAAUGCUGUAAGUGGUGAUAGAAAUCAUAAUAAUCGUUCUAAAACUGUACCAUCUGAUUCAUCGUCAAAUAGAAUUAUUCCUAAAGCUGCUGCAUAA